AUGGCUCCCCAGCAAGACGGUUGGGAAAAAGAAGAACGGGGCCCGCCGCCAUGGGUUCCCCAGGACUUUGAUGUGACAAUUGUCACUACGAUAAGUUCAUAUUCGCAAACGUUCGCGGAAGAAAGUGAGCCUACAUCCAUGGCUUUUCAGACGCAGUCUCUCGACGACAACGAUACUCAGACAAGACGUCGCCCCAGCACACGGCCUGAUGGAUACCCUUCAACUCUGCCUUGGCCUCCAUAUGGAUACGGAGGCCACACUGCCACGACGAACCCUUGGGAAAUGUCUAUUUCGAAAACAGCAGUCCUUUCACAAACACCGUAUCCCGAGUUGGACUCGACUCUGUUAUUGUCAAUAACCAAUGCUUUUCCAACAACGACUGGAGCACCAUCUUCAACCAUUGGCUCGUAUGGCGGUCGGCCCUCUGGAUGGGAGUGGUCUCAAGAGGGUCCCAACAAGGCGCCAGUGUAUGCUGCAGCAGCUAUAGUGCCCAUCAUAAUCCUUGUGAUGAUUGGAGCAGUAACUCUAGUGUGUCUGCGUAGGCGCAAGAAGCGCAGGGCAGAAGCUGCUGCGCAGGAAAUGAAGUUGGAGCCAGACUCGCCCACGAUACGGCCUCAUAUGGCACCAUUACCUGCGCCGGUACCAGCAGUGGCUGUAUCACAACAUUACACUGCGCCGCCAGCCCAUCUCCCGCCCACAUCUAGCUGGAAUCAACCCCAGCCCAUAAUCAUAGGUCCCAUUGUAUCCUCUUCCAACGGCGCCUACCUCACCGGCAUGGAUACCUCGGACAUGGUCUCCAUCACCUCCAACAACCGCAUGUCCGUCGACCCCUUCUCCGACAGCUACAGCCUGUCAGGACCGCCACCGCCCUACCGACCCAGCAGCGUGCCUCCGCCGAGCUUCACGAGCAACUCUCGACACAGCAGUGUUCGUCUCCCUGCUAGCCCUGUGUGCUUGGCGCGCUCGCCGUUUGAUGAUCCGGAGGACAGCAUGUCGUUUAUGGAGGAUGGGGAGGUUCAGGGUGAGCGGUAUGUUAGGGCGUAUACUACAAGGUGA